ACAUCUCGCUGCGUUAACCGUACUCCUUAAAAACCAAUCCGUACGCGUACGUACGUACGGAGCAAAACACGCCGUGUCGUUCAGAUAAAAAAAAAGUAAAAAAAGAAGGCCGUUCAUCCGGGUACUUGUUCCGGAGGCGCAAAAAGGUCCGCCAUAUUGGGACUGUGUAUUUUGUUACUGCGUGCGACAGUGUUAGCCCGAGUAAACUAAAACGAAGUGGUUCCCGAUGAUCGAAGUGAUAUGUCAUGACGUUGACAAGGUUUGCGUCUCGCCGAGGUGUGUCAGCCGAUUGUGAGUCGACGUAAUCUGUGCGCCGAGAUGGGUUUUCGGUAGCUAUAAUGAGACGACGAUUGAAGCCGAAGUGAGGACUCGCUCGUGAGAGCGAUAUUUUGGCUGUCCGGCUGUUUCCAUUCCCGUCACCGUGUCGACGACCGAGUGCAGACUCUUGGUUCUGGAUGUGCGCUAAUCAAUGUGGCUGAAACGAGCGAAGAUGGAGCGCCGAAGUCGACGCGUGCCGUGCGAAACACUCGGGAUUAACCAUCGUUGGACUGUUUGUUUACUCGUGACGUCCUGCUUCGGUAUCGCAGUGGCCGUGAGCCCCGACCGGCCACCACCCAGCCUGAUGCGGUGCGAGUACUACAACGAGACACUGUGCCAAGGCUCGCCGGGUGCCGACGGCCUGCCCCUUCCGGGCUGCAACGGCUCCGAGGAGUGUCGGCCCGGGGAGAACGAGAAGGGCAACCUCUGCUAUGUCCUCUGGCAGAACAACAGUGGCGUGCUCAGCGUCAAGCUCAAGGGUUGCUGGGUCGGCAACAACCACGACUGCAGUGAGAGUCAGCACUGUGCUGAAACGCGCCGAGAGCCGAGCGUCCAGCUUCUGUUCUGCUGCUGCGUGGGCGACCUGUGCAAUGCUAACCUGCAGCCAUCUGCCGUUGUCACUUCAACUACGAUUUCGUCCACGAAAAUGUCGCCUCCCGUGCAACUGGCGCCCCACGGUGGCUACCGGACCGAGACAGUGGUGGCCUACGUCCUGGUGCCCCUGAUUGCCCUGGUGGCCGUGGCGCUGGUGGUAGUGUACUGGCAGCAACGGCGCAAGCAGCGCCAGGGCCACUUUGCCGAGGUGCCCACAGCAGACCCCACCCCACUGCCCUCGCCCGCCCUCGCACCCAAGGCCAUCCAGUUGGUGGAGGUCAAGGCACAGGGUCGCUUCGGGGCAGUGUGGAAGGCGCGUUGGGGGCUGCAGUUUGUUGCAGUCAAGAUCUUUCCACCCCAGGACAAGACCUCAUGGAUGGUGGAGAAGGACAUCUUCAAGAUGCCCCAGAUGAAGCAUGAAAACCUGCUGGCGUUCCUCGGCUCCACCAAGCACGGUGACCUGAACCACACAGAGUACUGGCUGGUCACCGAGUACCACGAGAGGGGAUCACUUUCCGAUCACCUCAAGGCUCACCUGGUGAGCUGGGGCGAGGUGCUGAAGAUCAGCGAGGGCAUCGCCCUGGGACUGGCCCACAUGCACGGGGAGCGUCCGGCCAACAAGCUGGAGGGCUACAAGCCUCCGCUGGCGCACCGCGACUUCAAGAGCAAAAACGUGCUGCUCAAGGCCGACAUGACAGCCUGCAUCGCCGACUUCGGCCUGGCCCUGGCCUUCCCCUGCGGGGUGUCGCCAAGGCAGGCACACGGACAGGCCUUAGAGGCUCUUCAUGCGCAGGUGGGCACCCGUCGUUACAUGGCCCCCGAGGUGCUGGAGGGCGCCAUCAGCUUCAACCAGGAUCAGUUCCUGCGCAUCGACAUGUACGCCUGCGGACUGGUCCUCUGGGAGCUCAUCUCGCGCUGCUCUGCACAGGAUGGUCCUGUGGAGGAGUACAUGCUCCCGUUCGAAGAGGAAGUGGGCCAGCACCCGUCCCUGGAAGACAUGCAGGAAGCUGUGGCACACAAGAAGCUGCGACCACGCAUGCGUGACCACUGGAGGAAGCACCCGGGCUUAGCAGUGAUCAUCGACACCAUAGAGGAGUGCUGGGACCAUGACGCCGAGGCCAGACUGUCUGCUAACUGCGUGGAAGAGAGGAUCUCCUGUCUCUACAAGACCGUUCCGCCCACUCCCACUGAUGUCCUGUCGUUGCUGCCAUCAGGGGACCAGAAGGGCAUGGACGAUUUUUACGUGCCAGUGGUGAACAUCAAGAGCGCGCUUGAAACGGCCGUGCUUUUGCCACCCAAGGAGUCUAGCAUCUAAGGCACCGAUGACGACUAGCCUUCUUCCUACGCUGCCAUCGGGCGAGUGCAGUGUCGUCGUGUGCUUCCUCGGAGGCCACCACGACAACGAGGCCGGCUUGGCUUGCCAAGAGACAAUGCUCGGUUUCUUUUUUUUCCGACUGCAACCGGCCACGCAAUCGAGAAAACUAGUGUUUCCCGCGGACAGCCACGACACGACCGGCCUCACGCCGCCGGUCUACUGGAUGAGCAAUGCCUUUCUGCACGUGUUUGUGUGAACGUGUGAGUGUUCAAAUGUGUGUGUGUGUGUGUGUGUGUUUGCGUAGAAGUGUGUGUGCGUCUGGGUGUGCGAGUGAUUGUAAAAAAGAAAAAAAAAAUUCCACGGGUGUCUUAACAUCUAGUCAAGCAGGCAGUGUGAGCAUGUUGGAUCAACUGAAAACAAACAAAAAAGCCUAAAACGAAAACCGAUUAAGCUAUGUCACCACCCUCUAAAAUUACAUUUUCUUUUUUCAAUAAAAAAAGUGAAUUUUUAUUUUUGACAUUCGAAAUAUGUACAGACAUUCAGAAUUGUAGUGCACUAAAAAUUACCUCUCUAUGUGGUUCUGUUCAGAAGUUAUGAUCAUUUUUGUGAAUGCCCUUAAACCGAAAAUGACACGUUCGGAAAACUUAAUUCCCAUUUUUCUCAAAACCUGAUUCUCUGUUGUUUUUUGUUGUGCAAUAGCUCGUAGCUUUUGAACAAAUCGAUAUUUUGUGAUGAAACUUUUCAGGAUUCUUGCUGAGACAUGACCGUGUGCAA